GACUGCGCAUGCGCGGCGCGGCCGGAAGCGGCGGCCCGCGGCGGAUGUUGACGCUGCGCGGCCGCGGAGCUCCGUAUCGAGAUGGCUGAUGAUAACGAAGACCUGCAGGCAGAUGAAGAGCUCCCGGCUCCAGCUGAGGACAGCUUUGAGCAGCUGGAGAACGACAGCCCCGCGGAGCGCAGCGGGCACGUGGCCGUCACCGACGGGCGCUGCAUGUACGUCUGGGGAGGCUAUAAGAACGCCCAGGUUAGGGGAUUUUAUGACUUCUACCUGCCUAGAGAUGAAAUAUGGAUCUACAACAUGGAAACUGGAAGAUGGAAGAAGAGUAAAACAGAGGGAGAUGUUCCACCUUCCAUGUCAGGAAGUUGUGCCGUGUGUGUAGACAGAGUGGUGUACCUCUUUGGAGGACAUCACGCACGUGGCAAUACCAACAAGUUCUACAUGUUGAAUUCCAGAUCCACGGACAAAGUGCUGCAGUGGGUCAGAGUAGAGUGUCAGGGGGUACCCCCUUCAUCAAAGGACAAACUUGGCGUUUGGGUUUACAAAAACAAGCUAAUAUUUUUUGGAGGUUACGGUUAUUUUCCUGAAGGGAAACAACGGGGAACUUUUGAAUUUGAUGAAACCUCUUUCUGGAAUUCAGGUCUUCCGAGAGGAUGGAACGACCACGUGCACGUUCUGGACACUGAAACUUUCACUUGGAGCCAGCCCAUAACUACGGGUAAAACUCCGUCACCACGAGCCGCUCACGCCUGUGCUACCGUUGGGAACAGAGGCUACGUGUUUGGUGGCAGAUACAGAGAGUCCAGAAUGAACGAUCUUUACUACCUGAAUCUGGAUACGUGGGAGUGGAGUGAAAUAAUCACGCAAGGGAUCUGCCCCGUCGGCCGAUCAUGGCAUUCCUUAACACCGAUUUCCUCGGAUCACCUCUUUCUCUUUGGAGGAUUCACCACUGACAAGCAGCCAUUGAGCGAUGCUUGGAUUUAUUGCAUCAGCAAGAACGAGUGGAUACAGUUUGAGCAUAACUACUCUGAAAAACCAAGGUUGUGGCACACGGCUUGUGCAAGUGAAGAGGGAGAGGUGAUCGUCUUCGGGGGCUGCGCCAACAACCUACUUGCUCAUUCUAAAGCUGCUCACAGUAACGAAAUACUUGUGUUUUCUCUACAACCGAGGUCUCUCGUAAGGCUCUGCCUGGAAGCAGUCAUCUGCUUUAAGGAAAUGCUGGCCAGUUCCUGGAAUUGCCUCCCCAAGCACUUGCUGCACAGCGUCAAUCAGCGCUUCGGAAGCAACAACACCUCGGGCUCCUGAGCCCACGGAUGGGCAGUUCUAAGAUGUAAUAAUUUUACCAAGCGUGGCAAACUUAAAACUUGUCUAAAUUUAUCUGUAGCGUGGUAGGUAGUUGCUUCUUGCCUUUAAGUUGCAUGUGAAUGGCCUAGAGAGAACCUAUUUUUGUGUAAAGAUGUUUGCAAUAAAUGUAUUUAAUGCAAGUGGAGCUGGAUGCUGUGCUUAAGCUAAAACUAGUUCUGGGUUUGUCCACCUUGAUGCAGGCGUGAGGGCAAAGCCCCAGCAAGGAGAGGGGGUGUGGAAAUGGGUGGUGGGGUCCCUCCUCGAGGAGUUUAGGGGUUGUGCAGGAACUACCAAGGCAGGCCCUGCCUAGGGGGAGUGUUGCUUUAGUCUAGGCUGACGAUUGCCGUGUGGACUGAGCAGUCCUGGUUUAGUCAGGUUCCUGGUUAGGAAACUGCUUAAAAGUUUUGCCACAAAUGCUUAAGGGCAGAGAAACAGGAUUUGGAAAUUGUACAUUGUCAUAAACCUUCAGGUGUUAAAGCAUCACUGCUCUCUGCGUGGUUGUAGUUCGAGUUUGGGUUUUUGGGUUGGGUUUUGGGGUUUUUUUUUUUUUUAACUCUUUUACAUUGUGGAGCUUCAAUUGUGACCCUUUAGGGAGCAGAUAUUCUGCCCCGAGAGCGGAACUGAAAAGUGGUUGGAGCUGGUUGGUGGCUGUGACAGGCCCCCGGGAGAAAUGAUGUUUAAGGUGUCCUCAAAGAAAAAAAAAACACACAUUAAAAAUGUUGAAGUCUAGAAUAAAAUAACUCCUGUAUUGUAA